AAAACUCGGCGCUCAAGAUUUGUUUGCGCUCAAUAAUUUAGUUUCAUAGUAGUUUGAGGUGUGGGAACAAAGACAAUCCAGUUGUACACCAAAGUAAUCGCACAACAUUAUGCCAGACGAAACAGAAACGAUGUUGGCGGCAGGGGGCGACGCUUUGACAACUGUCGCAGCCAGGCAACAAAUGGAGCGGCGCACUGAGAAACGGACAUCUCCGGAAGUAGCAGCAGCACCCCUUUCGUGCUGCAGCCUGACAGAGCAAGACGAGGCCAGUACACAGCAAGUAAAGCGCAAAAUGCUUUCCCUCGUAUUUCCGCGCUUGAAAACGCAGUGCUCGGACAAAAUUCUGCUCGGCUUCAAGAAGCGCGGUUUCGGCAAGGGAAAAUGGAACGGUUUCGGCGGCAAGUUCGAGGAAGGCAAGGACAGGACGAUCCGGGACUGCGCAGCGCGGGAGCUUUUGGAGGAAUGUCCCGGGCUGCUCACCGUGUUGGACGAUGUCCCGGACUGCUCACCGCUUUUGGUGGAAUGUCCCGCCGCAGGGACGAGGACAAGCACAGGUGGGGAAGUAAAUGUUUCAGUUGUGCAGGAAAAGGUUGCUGCAGAAUUGCGGUUUGUCGGGAGGCAAGACGUCGACUACCUGUACGAGAAGGGGCAAGAGGUGGAAAGAAGUUGCCGGAAAAUUUUGGAAAUCUUCAUUUUCGAGUAUCGCAUUGAUCAUGCAGAUGUUGAUCAAGUUCAAGAUUCCGAUGCUGGUGAUUCGCGGCAGGGAAACGAAAACAGAGUGGAAAAGGCCAGGUGGAGUGAAGCGGAUUUGCAGACGCUAGAGGCGCAUGAGAGCGACGAGAUGCGACCACAGUGGUUCGACGUGACGACUGAGUUGGGCAAAAUUGGGCGGUUUGAAGAAGAUGAAAGAGGGAAGUGCGUUAUGAAAGCCGACCCAGUGGAGGGACCAGCGAGCACACGAAAUGCUCCUGCUUCAGCGCCAAGCAGAGCUCGCGACGACUCGAUCUUUUCGAAAAUGUGGGUUGACGCGCGCCAUUGGCUUCCGGGGUAUCUACGGCGAGAUUGCAAUAGAAGUGGACUCGGUCCGGCUGACCAGGAAGAACAUCUUAAAGCGAAAAAAACCAGAAUGGACAACUCCGUUGUGGAGAAAAGUGAAAGAGGAAAUAUGGCUCUCGGUUCUUGUUCUUCUCGCGACAAUACUACUAUGAACCUAGAAGCCGACUUCGCCGGGGGGCGUGAUCCGGUGGAUCACCAACGCAGCCGACCUGGCGCAGAAGGACACGCGCAAGCGGAACGAGAAGACAAAAGCAGAGCAACGUCCUUCCUGAGGUUGCUUUACGACCGAAUAAGCACAGCGGAAUCGGUCGGUGUGGAUAGUAGCAUCGAAGGAGUACGGGAGGCACCGGGUUACAGGAGCGGAGCUGAUCCGUUUCGAAUUUACACAGAGCCGAUUUGCGAUCCAUUUUUCGCACGCUUUACGAUUGUCGAUACAGAAGGAAUGAAUUCCGAAAUUGUUACGCGGGCAGAAAUGUAUGAAGUUCAGGAUGCUGAUCAUCAGAGUUGUGCCGACCCAUGAAACAAAGCGAAGUGCAUUCGUUUUUAUUCAUCAAGCUGCUGCCGCGUAAUGUGAAC